GCACAGAGAACAUGGCCGACGGCGAACCGGACGCGCUCAAAUUAUAUUGGGAACAUUUCUUCAAGGCAGAAACUGGUACUUAUGAGAAAACGACAUGGCUAGAUCUGUUUCUGGCCGAAUUCAUCGUCCGUAUCAACGAAGGCGCCGAUCCCAAAGAAUUAAUAAAAUUUUGUCCAGUGAGUGGAGUGGUGACCCUGGUCGGGUGCGAGCUGCUGUGCGGUAUCCACCGCGUGACGUCAUCCAUCAGCGCGCACUGCGGUCCGGUGCCGGCGCCCGACAACACCUGCUCCGGCCGGGCCCUCUCCCCACCGCUUCAUGAUAUAGAACCGUUACCAAAGUCAGAGGCUAAGCCAUUGAGUCUAUUCACGAGGAACAACGCUCAGUCUUCGCAGGACAUCCUCAGGAAGUACCUGCUCGGAGGAGUUGCAUGGAAGUGUCUGGUGCUACUAAAGGCCCUUGGAGUUGAGGGUCUGUCCUGCUGCCGACAGCUGAGUUCGGUCCUGAUCUGGUUGUACGGAGAGCUGAGUGGCGCCGACGGAGCCCCCGGCACCCGCGCGCCGCCCCCCCCGCCCGCCGCGCGGACACCCAUACAUCAGCUCUUCUCCGACAAAAUAUGGUCGAAACAGAAGUCGACCGGAUCUCCGAACUCCAAGACGAAUUCAGCCGCGUCGUCUGAGAAAGGUUCCUUCGUAGUUAGGUCUAGACAUACGCAUCAAGCUAAAUUCGAUUCAUUAGAGAGAAAACGUAAGGCAGCUAAGAGUUCAGAAAUCUCCUCUGAAUCUCCAGACAACGAGGACCUGCAGGUCCUUAAUCGCUCUCUAGCCAUCAAAGUCUGCGGCCCGAGUGAUGACUUCGGGUACUUCAACUCUACCGUGAGGUCUUCCAAUGACUACGGCGAGUCCUUCUUCAGCGACCCUUACCACUCGCCGCGGAAAGCCAAGCCCAAGGCGGACGACUACAUCAACGAGAAACACAAGGAAAUUAUCAACUCGGAAAUGACGACGUUCGAGUUCACGUUGACCAUUAUAGACCUGCUGCAGGAGCUGUGCAAGGCCGAGAGCAGCCUGUCCGGGGCCGAGGGCUCGCAGAUAUCGGUGCAGUGCAUCAGCUUCUCGCUGCGGAACAUGUGCUCGCUGCAGUUCAGCUCGCCGCCCGUGCACGCGCGCCCCAACGACACCCGCCUCGCGCACACCAAGCUCGCGCUCACCGAGCUGCUCAUCGUGUCCCUGGACAAGGUGCUCGUGCACGCCGACCUCUGCACCAAAUUGAUCAACAACGGAACCAUGCCGAUGCUGCUGCGAAUCUUAGAAGACGUCAUUUCUAAAUGCAACAAGAACCGUGCCAAAGAUAUCGAUAAGACUGAAUCAGAUAAUUUAUUGAAGUUCGUGUUCGGCAUAGCUUACUCUGUUACUGCGUUCUUCCACUGUCUGCUGAUGCAGUGCCGGUCUGCCAGCAAGCUCAGGGAGUUCACGGAACAGUUCAAGCUGUACGGAGAGUGCCUCAAAGGGGGACUGUUGAAGGAAUGCAUGGAGCUGAUCAUUAGGAUACCUGAGACGGAAGAGGGGGAAACUAUAAUAUUGGUAAAGAAGUUAAUAGAAUCUAUCGGGAAGCUCAUUAGCGGUAUGAAGAGGGUGAGGAGUGAAGUGCUGCACUCUGGUGCCUGUUCGAGGGCGCGGCACAAGGCGUGUCGGCAGCGCGUGGCGGCCGGCAUGCACCACCACCACGACAUCCUGGGGGACGCCGGCAGCGACCUGCCCCUGUCCUCGGCCUGCUGCGUCUCGGUGCUGUACGGCACGCUCACGUCUCUGCUGACGGACGAAGAAAUCACAGCUAAAUCUUCGUUACGGAACAAAAUAUUACGAGUCAUGUUGAACUCCGGAGUGUGCUGCUGCUUUUCGCCAGGGUUCCUCAUGGAGAGCAUAGUUCGGCUGAUGCUGACCCACAACGGCGUCGCUACACUGUGCCUGCAACUCCUCGAGCACACUGUGUACGGAGACUUGGGAGCCAGCAUCUUGUACCCCAAGAUCACCGAUCAGCUCCCGUGUUCCAUAUGUGAGCCGAAGGGCGAGAGAAGGGACCCAAACAACAAGUACUGCCCACUGACGGCGACCGUCGAGCGGAAGAGCGUGUGGUCGUUUCUGAUACACUACAACUCGCUGCUGCAGCUGGACAACCACAACAGCGUGCUGCACGCGACCGUGGGCCACUUGCUGCGCGUCACGCCGCGCUGCCGCCCCGAGAUGAAGGCCGAGCUGCUCUUCAGCGUCAUCUACCCAACCUUCAUCGUGUCCAAGCACAGAUACAUCAUGCGGCUCGAGGAGGCCGCGCAUUUCCUCACCCUCUCGUGUUUGAACAUAUUCGCGAGCCUGUUGAACACCGUGUCGUUCGCGGAGCAGUUCAUCCAGAAGGGGGGGCUGAGCUAUGUGCUGGAGCUGGUGUCGCUACCCCAGUUCGCGCGCCAGUGUUGCGCCAUACUCGAGAUCACGAUCAUCGUGGAAAUCUUCAAACUAAUGAGAGACGAUUGCGGGUCGACUUACUUUCGAGAGAUGAGUACUUUGUCCUCGGUUCAGAUGUUGUUCAAGUCCUUAGCGGAGAUAACGGAGAAGUGUUUUAAUGUGUACAAACCAAACAUUCCGGUUGGUAAGUUUGAGGAGCUAUGCGACGUCAGUGACGAGAGAGAGGCGCUCCGCGUGGUGCCGAGCCGGAGGUCGCCGUGCCCCAGAACUACUCUGAGCGACUACAAGGACGGCCCGAGCCAGAUGCCAGACGACGAUGUCCUCAAGAACGCGGUGACAUUCUGGAAGACGUGCGCCAGCUUGUGCUUGUACAGUCCAAUGUUCCGGGAGUACGUGGUCAGCGAGCCGGUGUUCCUGGACAGCUACGGGCUACUGAAGGUGCUGCUGCAUCAACUCUGCAACAGGGACUACGCUGUCACUGAGAUGAGGACGUUGAUCAAGAUCAUGGAGGCUGUACUGACUGUGCAGUUUGCUGUCUCGGAUGUGACCGCAGGGAAAUCCAAAGAACUCAGUUGUAGCAUCGUUCGCAGCGUGCUGGUUCCUCCUGCAGCCGUGCUGGAGGGGGGCGGAGGCCUGCGGGCGCUCGGUGAGGCCCUCAUCCGCGUGGCUACGGCUGAACCUAGCAUGCAUCACGUCAUGCCAAAACUUGCUCAUGCUAAAGUUCCACCCCUGGCGUGCGAGUCCGGCAGCAGCACGCCGGAGUGUUCGUCCAGCGACGAGAGCACGUGUGGCCCGUACGCUAGCGAGCACAGCGAUCCCAACCCUGCCCGGCCUGAUGACGGAUACGAGGCGGACGUAGAGUUAGGUAAACUUGAUAUAAUCGAGACAUUCAAGAGUCGAAGGCUCUCUCCCACGAUGUCGGCUCUCACAGCGAACCCUGGCCUGCAGUCUCCGCCGGACGCCGCGCCCCUCGAGUGCGCCGAGUACACCAAGAACGGUGACAUGGCGCAUCCUGAGCUGUGCAUCAUUGUGGUCGACAUACUCACACAGCUCAUUGAUAAGUUGAUGGGCUCGAAGUGCUCGGAGGAGGGCGCGGGGCUGGAGCGCGUGGGGGCGGCGCUGUGCCGGGCGUGCUGCGCGCGACUGUGCGGCGCCGCGCCCCGCCCGCGCCCCGCGCCCCCGCUGCUGCUGCGGCUGCUGGCGCCCGCGCACGCCGCGCUGCUCACCACGCACCACCCCUACCGAGAAUUGCAGCGCAGUGUCUUGGAGCUAAUCUACGCGUUGGCUUCCCAAAGCAUAUCGGCCCCAGAGCUGGCUGCCUUCUUGAAAUUGUUCACAGCAGAGAAGCCCCCGUUGACGCCCUUAUUGUCAACGCUGCAGAAACUAUUUUACAAUGCAACUUGCAACACGCCGGAUUGCAUACUCACUUUUCCAAUUGACAUGAACAAUAAAGAAGGCGUGCAGUCGCUGACGCAGGAGCUGAAGCAGCUGGUGCUGCACGACGCGACCUCGCAGAGCCAGCUCGCGGAGAGCUGCGCCCACAGCCUGCACGUCUCGCACCUCAGAGCCGGCGUGACGUCGUGCUGGUCGCGCGGGGCGGCGCGGUGCGGGGUGGAGGGCGCGGGCUGGGCGCCGUGGCUGGCCGGCUUCGCGCUGCUGCUGUCCGGCCUCACGUACCGACCUCACGCUUCCAAAGACAUAAAUGACAUUCACGACGAUUCCUCGGACGUGGAGUCUCCGAAGAGGAAGUCUCCGACGAAGGAAGCAACAAAGCCUUCCGAACUCUCGCAUGUGGUCUCCAUCGGACAUGACUCUCUCAUGUUCGAGCUUUGGCUGGACACUGGAACCGGCACGUUCACGCUGCGGCUGUGCCGGCCGGAGCCGGGCUGCAACCGCGUGCUGAGCGAGGCGCGCGGCGUGGGGCAGCUGGCGCCGCGCCGCUGGCACUGCGUCGGACUCAACGUCGCCGAGACACUCCGCCAGCGCCGCGUGCACGUGCAGGUCACAGUUUUCAUCGACGGCUACGAGUGCGACCCAGUAUCGUUGCCAAUUCAGGGCAUCCUGGUCCGCAAGAUCACCCCGACGAGCGUGGUGCUGGGCGACGCGGGGGGGGCGCGCGGGGCGGGCGCGUGCGGCGCGUGGGACGUGUGCGGCGUGCACGUGUACCGCGCCCCGCUGCUGUCCGCCCGCCGCGCGCUGCUCCGCGCCGCCGCCCCCCCCGACCUCGCCGCGCAGGUCCAGUGUGAUGCUCCGAAUUUCGCGCCGGUCCUCUCGCCGAACUUGCUGGACUCGAACGUGGACUGGGAGCAGAUGUUCAACGUGUCACCGUCCGACAUGAGGGAACUCACCGACAGUUUGUUGCUGUCCUUCUCGGCGAGCUCGCCGCACGUCAUCAACUUGUAUCAUCAGAACGCUGCGCUGCCCACAGUGUUCUCGGGUCGAGUUGCGUCUGCAUCGAGCGUGACGUCAUCCGUGUCUGCGCCCCCGCCGCACGCGAGCCCCGCCGGAGCCCCCAUCCCGGAGACGCUGCUCACCACUUGGACCGGAACCCCGCUCUCCAGCAGACACAAGGGCGUGGCGCCUGCGCUCUACUUACUCGGCGGACCUGAUCUGCUGCUCUAUCUCUAUGCUAGGGUGAUCGAGCUGGGGGGCACCGCGUGGGAGCAGGGCGCGGCGCUGGGCGCGGUGCUGCGGGCGGCGCGCCUGGACGGGCGGCUGUACGGCGCGCUGCGGCUCGACAUGCUGCUGGCGCUGCUGGCGGCGCCGCGCUGCAUCGUCGGCCCGCACCUGCUCGAGGUCAUACUGAACGAAGCUUGCAGCAGUCCCAUAAUGAGCGUGAAUGGCGACAAUAUCAUAUUGAUGGGCAGGACUGAUGCUGUACUGCUAGAACCUUCUCUACUGGUGCUCCUCUUGAAAGCCUGGAGACACCUAGAAACUGGACAGGAGUAUAACUGGGAGGUGGAGCAGGGCGGAGCGGUGGGGCGCGGCUCCGGCUUCGCGCUGCUGCUGAGUGCUAUGCUGCUACUGCUGCGAGACCAUCAUCCCCGGAGACACUUCAACUUGCUGCAGAUGAACAGGCUCGACCUCAUGGACUACUUGCUCUUGGCUCUGAAGGUGCUUCCACUUAAUAUUGAUCACAACAAAAGUAGUGGAGACGAGUGUGUCGUCUAUAUGGAGAGACUAUUUGAGUCUUGUUCCAGUCCUCUUAAAUAUUUGGACAUAAUAAAAUAA